GGGUAUUAACUAGCAAUCGAUAUAAAAGGGGAGUAACUUCCUGAAACUGAUUCCAAAUGGCUCAGAACGUCAAAGUUUGUGAAGUUGAACCAAAAAUCAAAGAAACAAUGAGGAAAUUUAAAUUUAGGAAAGAAAAAAAUAAUGCUGCAGUUAUAUUGAAAAUUGACAUGGAAAACAUGACAGUAGUUUUAGAUGAAGAAAUAGAAGAUUGCACUAUGGACGAUCUACAAAAUGAGUUGCCUGAUCACCAACCAAGAUUUGUAGUCUAUAGUUACUGUUACAAUCAUGAUGAUGGGCGUGUUUCAUAUCCUCUGUGCUUCAUCUUUGUUAGUCCUAUAGGGUGCAAGCCAGAAAUGCAAAUGAUGUAUGCAGGCAGUAAAAAUGGAUUAGUUCAAGAAUUAGAUGUGACAAAGAUUUUUGAAGUCAGAAACACAGAGGAACUCACAGAAGAAUGGUUAAAACAAAAAUUAUCAUUUUUCCGUUAGUGACUGCAUUUUUACUGAAAAACCAAGACCGAAAACACAGUGAAAUACAUAUCCAGUGAAUAAGUAUUCUGGGGCCAGUUUACCAGAGAUGAAGAUUUACUAGACAAGACAUUAGUAGUUAAGUCUUCUUGAAAUCAAAAAAAUUGGUUCAUGAAGUAAAAAAACGCCUUGUGUUGAUGAGUUAAGAUCUUUCAGUGACUGUGCUAAAUAACCAUACAUACAUUAAUUUCCUUGUUAUUACUUAAAGGGAUAACAACUGUUCAUUUUGGCCAAAAAAUGAAUUUUCCUGGGGUAAAGGACAAUUUUCCCAUA